UCACCUGUAGUUUGGAAUUAGUUUCUAAGGAAAACCAACACGACGUGUAAAUAAUCCCUGGACACAAUUGUUUUGCAUGAUACUGAGUUGGCAGUGCAUCAUGGAUUAGCUCAAUGCUUCCUCCUCACCAUGAGGCUCUGUAUGAAGCUCAUGUUUUGGUUUUGGCACCAUUUCUUCUUCUUCCGACUCUCCUUGUUGUUGCUUUGUUCUUCAUUGGUCCAAUGUAAUUUGGACCAAUUGACAUGGACUCAUAACGUGCUUUUGGAUCUAUCUGGCCAUUUCCAUUUGGCUUGGACUCCGCGAGAACAUGAUAUUUUAUUCCAGAUGUCGGCCCAAACCCUGGGGUCCUUGGCUAUCGGAUUUUCUCCCAAUGGUGGCAUGGCAGGAGCCGAUAUCAUCAUGGCUUGGGUAGACCCCAAUGGCAACAUUGUCUUUCAUGACCGUCACGCAAAAACCACACUCAGUCCAGAAAUCGACCGAAGUCAAGACUGUACCCUUUUUGGAGGAUAUGAGAAUGAUACUCACACUGUGAUACAAUUUUCUAGACCAUGGGACACAUGUGACCCAGAGCAGGAUCUAGUGUUAGGGUCGGAUACGGUACGGUUAAUUUGGGCGUUUCAUCCGGAAGAUCCGACUUCUUUGGAGGUACUGCCUUACCAUGGUCACCAACGCCGUGGUGUGCGGUCGAUUUAUUUACGAGAAGACUCACAUCUGUCUGUUGUGAAGCAAAUGGAACAAACUGGCGAAAAAGUCCAAAACUGGGAUGUGGUCAAUGAGAAGCUCACUCUCCCCAAUGACGAUCAUACCCACUACUGGUGUAAGAUCUUUGAAGCUCCUCAAUUGGAGGGAAAACAUCACAUGAUUGGAUUUGUGCCCCUUAUUGAGGCUGGUCACGAAAGUUAUGUUCAUCACAUGGUUUUGUAUGAAUGCCAUGUCCCUGAUGAUUCGACCGACCAAUACUUUGCCCAUCAUGUCAAUGGAGCGGGAGCUCGUUGCUACAGUCCCAAUAUGCCACCUGAAUGGUCUUAUUGCCUUGCUACUAACACUUGGGCUUGGGCUGUCGGUUCUGAGGGAGAAACGUUACCAGCAAAUGUGGGAAUUCCGAUUGGCGAGAAUUUCAAUGGCGCCACGUAUUUCAUGUUGGAGACCCAUUACGACAACCCCGCGUAUCAUCAGGACCUUGUGGACAGUUCAGGCCUCCGAAUCUUUUAUACAUCAGAGCUUAGAGAGCAUGACGCUGGGAUGAUUUUGCUCGGUAGCGAAGUCAACUUCUUGCACCUUAUUCCACCCAUGCAAGAGUCAUUCAUCACCGUAGGCAGAUGUACGGCAGCAUGUACGCAGCAGGGCCUGGAUAGUGAUGGUAUCACCAUCUUACACGGCGUGCUGCACUCACAUUUGGCUGGUCGAAAAACGAGGCUUCGACAUAUUCGCAAUGGACAAGAAUUGCCCAUGAUUGCCGAGGACAAUAACUACGAUUUCAAUUACCAAGUAUCCCGAGAGCCUCCAAGCGUCACCAAAGUGUUGCCAGGAGAUGAGUUACUGAUGGAAUGUGAUUAUAACACACGAUCUCGCGAUGAACCGACUUUUGGAGGUCUGUCAACCCGUGAGGAGAUGUGCUUGGGUUUCUUUUGGUAUUAUCCCCGUCAGAAACUGGCGGAUUGCCGAUCUCUGCCCACUCUUCAAUCCUUAAUGAAGGCUUUUGGUAUUGACUCGAUAUUUGGGAAAUCAUUUGAAAAACUAUCGGUGUUCCUCAAAGACAUCGGGGGUUCACAAGACUCUAAUGGAGCAAGUUUAGAGGAUUUGUUGAACAUUUUGGCCUCUGAGACUGGGAGUGAUUUAUCAGAAGCCUUAAGCGCGGAUUCCAAUGGGUUCGCUAGGCCAAUAACCGAGGAGGAUCUACUCAACAAGCCGUUUUAUACGGUAGCUUCCGAUCCUCCACAAAACCAAGGCAUUAGUCAAAGCAUUCAAGAUUACAGAAAUUUCAUGUCAGACAUGUUGUUGAAAAUUCGAAUCAAAACUCCUUCAAAGUACUUCAAUCGUACUAUUGGUGAGCAUUUUGCCCUCAUGAAUUGGAUGGACCCUGAAGAGAGUAGAGAUAUCCAGGACGCUAUCCGCUUCGGAGAUCACAGUAGCCUUUGCCUUGCUCAUGGGAGAAGCCCUUUGAUACCGUAUGAGGCUCAGCCAUAUCCCAAAUUUCUUUCAUUCGAAACGAACGAAACUAAGUGCCAUAUUCUUAACCACACGCACCUGUUGUCUAAGUAUACGCAAACUCGACGAAACCCCAUGAAUUUAGUGGAUCUAACUUCCUCUGCAAUUAUCAAAAGACCUUUCUGUCAAACGAUUGGAGCAGUGCUAUUACUUGUGCCAUUUACACUGUCUUAGUUCAAAUAAAGGCUUGUCAAAACUGUG